AUGUUCUCGAAGCCGACUGUUGCUCUCUUCACUCUCUCGCUGCUGGCCUUGUCCAAGCAGGCUAUCGCUCGUCCUCUCAGAAUCUACCCCACCCCGGCUCCGCGCGCGUAUGAUCUCAACGCUCGUGGCGAUACGUCCACUUGUGCUAUUGUCACUGUAACAGUAGACGAGACCUCCGGUGCUGCCACGGCUGUCGCCUCCUCUACCUUGACGGCUUCCGCAGUGUCUGCGAGUACGACCACGACCACUUCUCAGAUUGGAGAUUUCGGGUCCUGCAGCGUUCCGGAGAUCGAGUUCGGUACUGGUUUUGACGGACGGAAGGAAACAUCGUUCCAGCCGGUCAAUCAGACAUCGUACGAUCAUGGGUCCGCACAGAACAUCGCCAUCAUCACGCAGUUCAUGUGUGAUGCUCUCACGAACACCUGCGGUGCCAAUGAGCUUGCUAAGACGACGUGCGCGUCAGCAGCAGCAGCAGCCAGCUCGGCUCCGUCGGGAUCUGGAGCACAAGCUGAUGCGUUCAAUGCCGUCUUCGGUAUCACCACUGACUUCGCUGCAAUUCCGGAGGUCAGCGACCAAGGAGUGACGCUGACGUCCACUGCCACUGCAGCCGCAGCCUCCGCGUCUUCUGCUACCUCUACGACGGUUACCAAUGUUGCGAUUGUCAGCACCACUGAUAGCGACACGGCCACCUGCGCUGUCCCUACCGUGACAGUGACAGUAACAGCAACGGUGAGUGUCAAUGUGGCGGCAGCUUCGUCUGUGGCGGCCACCACUUCUGCUGCUACCAGCGCGCUCACCAACGUUGCUGCUGUCAGCGCCAGUUCUACUGCCACCAGCAGUGCCGCCGCGGCGUCAUCGACUCUGUCUGCUUCCCAGAUUGGCGACUUCGGUUCAUGCUCCAUUCCUGAGAUUGAGUUCGGUACUGGUUUUGACGGACGGACUGAAACCGCGUUCCAGCCAGUGAACCAGACCUCGUACAACCAUGGCUCUGCUGACGCUAUCGCCGUCAUCACCUCGUUCAUGUGCGAUGCCCUCACUAACACGUGCGGAGCGAAUGCGCUCGCCAAGUCAACAUGUGCAACCGCAGCUGAAGCAGCCAGCUCCGCUGCUGCCGGCACUGGCGCACAAGCUGAUGCAUUCAAUGCUGUCUUCGGGAUCACCACCGACUUCGCGUCCGUCCCCGAGGUCAGUAACACUGGCGUGACGAUUUCUGCCUCUGCUGGUACCUCCACGGCUGCCGCUGCUUCGAUGAGCUCGACCGCCGCGGCGGCCGCCGAUGCCGCUACCACGUCAGCGUCCGCUACUGCUACUACUACGGCUUCUGCAGCCUCAUCGAGCUCAACUUCAACAGCGGCUCAGAUUGGUGACUUCGGCUCCUGCUCUGUGCCUGAAAUUGAGUUCGGCGAUGGGUUCGAUGGCCGCACAGAGACCUCAUUCCGUCCUGCCGACCUAAGCUCGUACAAUCAUGGCUCAGCAGAUGGUAUCGCGGUUAUCACCAGCUUCAUCUGUCAACAGGUCGAUGACGCCUGCGGCGCGAACGACCUCGCGAAAACGACCUGCCAGACUGCCGCAUCCGCGGCUAGCUCUGCAGCUGUCGGUACCGGUGCACAGGCGGACGCGUUCAACGCGGUGUUCGGCAUCGCGACCGACUUUGCUGCUGUACCCGAAAUCAACGAUCAGGGCCAGACUGUAACAGCGACUGCAACUGCAUCCGCGUGA